GAGGAGGAGCUCGGAGCCGUCGGGCCCCUCGGAGCCAGGCCUCGCCCCCAGGGAGUGCUCAGCGGGCUGGUGUGCCACGGGCCUUGGUGUGUGGCAUUUCCUCACGCUCUGACCAAGUGCUGUGUGGCUUCCCAGGCAGCGGCAGCACCUGGCACAGGUGGCCAUGGGGAAGCGUUACUUCUGCGACUACUGUGACCGCUCCUUCCAGGACAACCUCCACAACCGCAAGAAGCACCUGAACGGGCUGCAGCACCUCAAGGCCAAGAAGGUCUGGUACGACAUGUUCCGAGAUGCAGCUGCCAUCCUGCUGGAUGAGCAGAACAAGCGGCCCUGCAGAAAGUUUCUACUGACAGGCCAGUGUGACUUUGGCUCCAAUUGCAGAUUUUCCCACAUGUCAGAGCGAGACCUGCAGGAGCUGAGUAUCCAAGUGGAGGAAGAGAGGCGGGCCAGGGAGUGGCCACUAGACGUUGCUGAGCUCCCCGAGGGUAAUCUGGAGGACUGGCUGGAGAAGAGAGCCAAGCGGCUGAGCUCAGCCCCAAGCAGCAGGUCUGAACCCAUCAGACCCACUAUCUUCCAGUACCCCGUGGGCUGGCCACCAGUUCAGGAACUGCCGCCAUCCCUGCGGGCACCCCCACCCGGGGGGUGGCCCCUGCAGCCCGGCGUCCAGUGGGGCUGAGCCCCUCAUCCCCACCUGCUCAGCUCUUGAAUCAGUCACAAUAAACAUAAGGGCUCAUAGUGGG